CUUAGGAAUGCUUAAAAAAAAAGGACACAGACAAAAAGAAAUUGAUUACCGGCAUCCAAUAAUCCAACUCACAUAUCCCGCUUUUAUUUUCCGCAAUCCCCUGCAUACCCACCAUUCCAUUCCAUCCAUACUCUCCCUUUCCCCCUUUCUCUAUCUCUAUCUUUAUCUUUCUACCCAACAUAAAUAACAACAAAAUACAACAUAAUUUAUCAUUCUGCAGGUUCUUGCAUUUUUCCUUUUAGGAUUGUAAUUGUAAUUGUAAUUUUUUGUAAUAGCCUUCAUUUGUUAUUGAAUAAUUUCAUUCAAUAACAAAAAAAAUGGCUACAAUUACAAGCACAAAUCCAAAAUGCAAGGCCUGUGAUAAGACUGUUUAUCUUGUUGAUAAGCUUACUGCUGAUAAUAAGGUCUACCAUAAAGCUUGUUUUCGUUGUCACCAUUGCAAUGGCACUCUUAAGCUUAGUAACUACAAUUCCUUUGAGGGUGUAUUGUACUGCAGACCACAUUUUGAUCAGCUUUUCAAAAGAACUGGAAGUUUAGACAAAAGUUUUGAAGGCACACCUAAGACAAAACCAGAAAGACCUGUCGUUGAUGGUGAGAAACCUCCAAGCAAAGUCUCAUCCAUGUUUGGUGGAACUAGAGAUAAAUGUGUGGGAUGCUCCAAAACUGCUUAUCCAACUGAAAGGGUUUCAGUGAAUGGGAGUGCCUAUCAUAAGAGCUGCUUCAAGUGCUGUCAAGGAGGAUGCACGAUAAGCCCUUCUAACUACAUUGGACAUGAAGGGCGGUUGUAUUGCAAGCAUCACCAUGCUCAGCUCAUCAAGGAGAAAGGAAACCUCAGCCAGCUUGAGGGUGACCUGGAGAACUCAACCAAAGUCGCGGCCUCAUAACCAACAAGGCCAGUUCUUCGGUCUUCCCAACUCUCUUUUCCUCGGCCUCUACUUGGCUGUUGAGGCAACCGUUUCUUGAGUUUAGCUUGGUUUUAUCACAUCAAUAAAAGAUAUCAGGACCUUCUAAGUAGCAAUUCGUAUCAAGGAAUAUUUUAGGGUUUCGGUUUUGGAUUUGUGGUGUUUUGGAUAUUGUGGCAUGGUUUUGAAUGGUUAAGUGAUGACAAUGAUGCAAUUUGAAUCAAGCUUUGAGAUUAAUUCU